GCAUUUGUAGAAAUAGCUGAAUUUCGUGCAUGGAUAAGAAAGUUCCUACGGUAGUGUUUGACUUUUUUGGCAUUAAAUACUUUCUAUGGAGUCUUGAGACAGACUAACAUCAUGGGUAUCGUCCUCUUUUUUUUCUUCCUCUUCCCUCCUCUAUGCGCAGCACAAAAUUGUCCAAUUUCCUUCUGUGGCAACAGAAGCAUUCCAGUUCGAUUCCCGUUCAGUUUACAAGGCAAUCAGCUUGAAAACUGCGGAUACCCUGGAUUCGAACUUGGAUGCAACAGUCAGGGCACGACUGUCCUGAAUCUUCCCUACUCUGGAGAGUUUCUUGUACGAAACAUCAAUUAUUUCACACAAGAAAUUAAUCUAUACGACCCUGGAAAAUGCCUCCCGAAGCGGCUGCUUAGCUUCAAUCUCUCUGGCUCUCCUUUUUCUGCUUCUUAUUACCAAAACUACACCUUCCUAAGCUGCCCAACUCAAGCCGUGAUAUCCCGCUUCAGCACCAUUGGUUGUCUAAGUAAUUCUACCAACUCGGUUUUGGCUACUUCUUCCAUGAAUCUUGUAAAAUCAAUGCCUCCAUCAUGCCACAUAAUCGUUACAUUGCCAGUUCCAGUUUCAUUCUGGUUCGCGUACAAUGAAGAAUUCUCCACCGCCCUUGAUCAAGACAUUCAAUUGACGUGGUAUACGCCUGAUUGCGGAGGUUGUGAGGCAAUAGGCGGUGUCUGCGGUUUCAAGAACAACAGCAAUCAAGCAAUUGGUUGCUUCUUCAAUCGAAGUUCAGGCAGAUCCUCAUCCAAUAUUGGCUAUCAAGUUUUCAGGAUCGGUUGCUUGACCUUUGCCAUACUAGGUGCCUCAUUUGCUGUAGGAAUGAUCGUUAUCGCAUCCUCAGCAAGGAGGAGCCACCGCCUUGGGGCUCAUUCCACGCAGGGUAACAGCAACCUUUCUACCGUGGCUGAGCGAUCAACCACCAUUGCAGUUGGUAUGGAUGACUCCACCAUUGAAUCUUACCAGAAGGUAGUCCUAGGUGAAAGCCAGGGACUCCCCGGACCCAAUGGCAGCACUUGCAGUAUCUGCUUGUCAGAGUACCAAAGCAAGGAGACACUGAGAUGCAUACCAAAAUGCCAGCACUGCUUCCAUGCAGGCUGCAUUGACGAAUGGCUUCGACGCAACAGCACGUGCCCGCUGUGUCGAAACUCUCCAUCCCCUGCCCUGGUUAGUUUACAUAUUGUUUGAUACGUGACAGUAAACAGUCACAAUAUGG